UCAGGCCAUACCGGGACUGGAGGGAGAACAGCGCCCCUUAGCGCGCAUCCGGUCUCCAGCGUGGGCGGGGGUCGGGGUGUGAACAUUUUGUUGUUGGUGUUAUUUCGUGGUUUUAGAAGCUUCUGUUAUGGGAACGCUCCAGAAUAAGUUUCGAGGAGCAUGAGGUCUGAGCAAUUUUGACUCACUGGGCAUUGAAGUUUAAAGAUAAUGAGACUGAAAAAGUUUCCAGUGGGCUGGAGUGACAUCUGGGCAACGGUUGCGCUGUACAGUUUAUUCAAAACGGUACACCUGUACAAUCUGGAUUUGGAAAGUCCCGUUCUGUUUAGAGAGCCCGAAGGAAAAUUGUUUGGUUAUUCUGUAAUAUUGCACAGUUAUAAAGGCGAAAAAUGGUUUGUGGUUGGAGCUCCAAAAGCAAACUCUUCCCUGGGUAAUGCAACAAUAAAUCCUGGAGCUAUUUAUAAAUGUCGAAUCAGCCCAAAGCCUGACCGAAAGUGUGAAGAAAUUCUAUUAGAUAACUAUAAGGGGAACCAAUGUGGGUCAGAUUGUAAAGAAGAAAGACAUAACCAGUGGCUUGGUGUUAGUUUGGCAAGGCAACCAACGGAAGAUGGUUACAUACUGGCUUGUGCACAUCGCUGGAAAAAUAUAUUCUACAUACAAAGUGAGAUAAGGCCACUUGGGUUGUGUUUUAAAAUUCCAGCUGACUUGCAGCCUUAUAAGAAUUCACCACUGAUACCGUGUUAUACAGAACAGAAAUGGAAACAUGAUAACAAUGCAUUAUGUCAGGCUGGGAUUUCUAGUUUUGUGACUGAGGAUUUAAUUGUAAUGGGAGCUCCUGGAUCUCAUUUUUGGACUGGAACAGUUGUUGUCAAAAAUGAAAAGACAAAUUCUUUGCUCUUUUUUGAGAAUGCUGAAAAGGAAAUCCAAGAAGGAAGCUAUCUUGGUUAUGCAGUUACUGCAGGACAUUUUACUUACCCAAACAGCACAGAAAUUGUGGGAGGGGCACCCCAACAAGAAAUGACUGGUCAAGUUUACAUCUUUAAACAAAAUGGAAUGAACUUGGACAUAAUUUUCAAAGCCAAGGGUAAAAAGCUUGCCGCAUACUUUGGCUCAUCAGUUUGUGCAGUGGAUUUCAAUUCAGAUGGCCUCUCGGAUUUGUUAGUGGGAGCGCCCAUGCACAGUGUGGUCAGAGAAGAAGGAAGGGUCUAUGUUUAUUUGAACAUGGGAUUGGGAAGGAUGAAGGAGCUUGAAAUGGAGCUUGUUGGAGGGAAUUCCUAUGCGGCAAGGUUUGGGGAUGCAAUUGUGGACCUUGGAGACAUUGAUGAUGAUGGAUGUUCAGACGUAGCAAUCGGUGCUCCCCAAGAAGAAGAUCAACAGGGAGCGAUUUAUAUCUACAAUGGCAGAAAGGAAGGAAUAUCCUCAACUUUUUCUCAAAAAAUCCUCGGGCAGCAGAUAAGCAAUAAAUUACUUGCAUUUGGCCAUUCUAUAUCUGGAGGUAUUGAUGCGGAUGAUAAUGGUUUCCCAGAUAUAGCGGUUGGUGCCUUUAUGUCUGAUAGUGUGGUGUUGCUCAGAAGCAGACCUGUGGUGAUUGUUGAAUCCUUCCUACAGUUGCCUCCUUCAAUCAAUCAAACAUUCAUGGACUGUUUUGAGAAUGGGAAACCUGUCGUGUGCAUCAAUGUUACUGUCUGCUUUAGUAACAAGGGAAAGAAGAUUCCUGGUUAUAUAGUAUUGCUGUACAACAUUAGUGCCGAUGUCAGUAAAAGGAUUGGGUUUCCUUCCAGAUUUAAGUUGGUAUCUGAUGGCAAUUUGAAAAGUCAUUCAGGAGAGAUUAUGCUUUAUCAUAAUUUUAUUAAGUGUCAUACUCAUCAAGUAUUUAUGAAGGAAAAUGUCCGAGAUAUUAUCACACCAGUCGAGUUUGAAGUAACGUAUUCCCUGGGUAAGCAUAUUGUGAAGAAUGAUUCCAGAGAUACUUUCCCUCCACUCCAGCCUGUUUUGCAAAAGAAUGAAAAUAAAGCAAAUGAAGUCAGAAACAAGACACAUUUUGAACGAUUGUGUGCUUUUGAAGAUUGUGCUGCUAAUCUUCAAGUUUCUGGAAAACUGGUGCUGGAAGGGCACCAUGUAAACAAAUCUUAUCUGGCAGUUCAGGAGGCGAAGAGGAUCAUCCUGAAUAUAGAUCUGUUCAAUGCAGGGGAUGACGCGUACUCAAGCACUCUUAACGUUAAAAUGCCCAAGUAUAUAAACUUUGUCAAAACAGUGGAAAUGGUGGAGAAGUAUGUAAUUUGUGGUGUGACUGAGGAAGAAAAUUCAACCUGUCUGGCAUGUAGCGUUGGACAUUUGUACAUGAAUUCUCAAUCAAAGGUGGGAUUAAGCUUUCUUCUCGAUACCAGCAAGCUUACCAGAGCAGGAAGAGACCUUGUCAUCACUAUUAAUGCAACAUGUGAAAAUGAGCAGAGUCUGGAUUCACUUCAUGAUAAUUUUGUCACUCUUACUUUGCCCCUAAAAUAUGAGGUUGAUGUUGCAGUACAUGGGUCAGUGUUUCCACCUUCAUUUUUGUAUGAGGGAACCAUCAGUAAUGAUGCAGGAACAUUUAGUUUCUUUGAUUCAUCUUGCGCAUACCAGGAUGUCAGUUAUUCAUUUCAAGUAUUCAACACAGGGAGGGGCAUGGCUCCUGAUAUUGAGUUGAAAAUUGCACAGCCUAAUUCAUUGGAAGGAAAUGGCUUUAAGUUAUUUGAAAUUCUUGACAUAAAGCCUAGUCAUGGAGAAUGUCGGUUUGAUAAUCAUUUGAAAAACUGCACUGAACUACCUGAUGUAACAGUGCUCCAUCAAAUGUUUAACUUUGUCAACAAGUUUGGGAGUAAAGAAUUGUCUUGCUUCAGACAUGGAAUUUCCUGUUUACACAUCACAUGCCAGCUUGGAGACCUUGAAAGUGAGCAAGUUGUAUCCAUCCAUGUUACUAUGAGACUCAACUAUGCACUUCUAGCAUCAGAUUCUGCUGCUUCAACUAGAUUUUUUACAGCAGCUGUUGCAUCAUCAGGAAAAAAGCUCAAUGUUGUUGAAAUUGGAGAAAUGAACAUGACUGUUACGAUGGAAGCAUAUUAUAAUUUUACACCAAAAAUUAAAGUUGCAAUAGGAAUUAUUACAAUCGGUUUCCUCCUGAUGAUUUUAACAUUGGUUAUGAUCAUAUGGUUACUUUGGAAGUGUGGAUUCUUUAAAAGAAAACUGAAUGAUAGAAUCAAAAAGAAGAAAAAGAACCACCAAGGAAAUUGGAGACCAAUCAGUGAAAUGGAUGAUGACUAUGAAAUGGACCAAGAGUAAUCUCUCACUACUAAUAUUGUAAAAUAACAGUACCCUUAAAAAUUGGGUCACUUGGUGAACAGUGGUGUGAAUCUCACUAUCCUUUGAUCCCUGGAGGCAGUGGGCUAGGUGUAGCGAGACCUCAGCAGUGAAUAUGCCUCCAGUUGUGUACUGUUGAGGUCUUGCCCAUCGAAUAUCCUUAAAGGCUUUGACAAGGCAAUGCUGGCAGUGAAGUUUUGCAUUGUCUCAAAGUCUUUCAUAGCUUAUUAAAUGUGUCAGAUAUUCAGGCAUUUAAUUUGCCUCCCUUCCCUAUUCUCAAACCAAGAAUCCCUGUUGAAAUGAAUGUGGUCUCUGAUCCAGAAUCAGGUUGGAGAAGCAGAUUCCCUGGUGUAAUGAAAUGAACAUAAGACUUGUUUGCACGAGAAGAGCUGAAUCCUGACGAUCCUUUGGAAAUGCUCGUCUCAGCCAACUUGAUUCAGCCUAGGGCUUACCACUGGAAACAUAUUCCAUAUUGUGUUUUUUCCCCUAACGUGGCUGAUGAGAGGUGUUGAAUCAAUUCUUGGGGUAAAAAUAUUGGUCAAUCCCUCCAUGUAAUACAAAGAGAUCAGGAUAACAAUCAUAGCAUAUAUAAUCAUAAAGAACAAUAAAAUAUAAACUAAACAAAAAAAAACUUCAAAAGAAAAACAAACAACAAAAAGGGGAAAAAAAAAACUGGGCUAAACUUUCUCAGUAGAAACAAAACAAUAUUAUGUCGUCAAGUCCGUUCCUCCAAGUUGGAAAGUUAUUGAAAGGGGAUCUACAUCAUGUGAAAAUAUUGAAGGGUCAAUCUCUCCAGAAAACAUUUUUAACAGAUAUAAAGAUAUGCCUUUUCCAAGGACAUUGAGAAUGUCUGUAACAAUGAGAUUGUAUAGGCAGUUACCAAGGAUUGUAAGGUAGUUAGACAGUUGAGAGUGCAGUACCAGUAUAACUACAAAAUCAAUUUUGUGCAGAUAAUUUACAUUUUUUUGAUCUGUUGGAAAUUUACAAGAAUAUUUUAAAAUUACUAGAUCAGUCAUAUAGUAUUGUAAUUACUUACCCCCGCUCAUAAUACUUAGAAUUGACCAGCACAGAAUUAAAAUGGGUAAGUAGUAGAGAUUUCUGUGUUAAUUACAGCUACAUCAAUACAUUUGUCAGUCAUUUUCUUUAAAUUCCAGGCCUAAAUUCCUUUUAUCUUGCUUCUAGUCUCUCCUUAUUCUCCCCAACCACAAUGCAUAACUCGCUGUUUAUAUAAUAUGCAUAGCUACUUCCUCCUGGCUACAACCCCUCUAUAAAAUAUUCCAGCAACCACACUUCCCAAAUGACUGAGGCUCCAAACAUUAAAAAAACCACCUAUCCUCCUCAGCCUCUUCCCUUUGAUCUUGUUCACUCUGCAACCCCCUUAAGUUCUGAAUAUAUAACUUUGACCUUUGCCCUCUUGCUCCACUUAAGACAAAAACUACAUUUAAUCUCCACUCCUAGCAUACAGUUCUACUAAAAACAAACUAGUGGGGGGAAAAGAGUGAAUGCAAGUGUGACACAGUUGCUAGACUAUUAGCUUAGACUACUUUUUAAGAAAUACCACUAGUAGGCUGAAGUCACAAAAAUCAGCACACUGAAAGUGAUCACCAUUUCAUCAUAUGUAAUUAUGAAGCAGGAAUAUGUAACUUCAGAGAUAAAAGAAUUUAAUCUGAAAGGAAAAAAGAUUAAUAAUUCAAAUGAAGCUGUGAGGUUCUGGGCUCAGUCUCCUGAUAUUGAUCGCCUACUCAAGCUGCUGCAUAAGAUGAAUUAGAUAAGUUAACGCUGAACUGUUACUGGAAUUGACAAAGAAAAAAUAACAAAAUGACAAAUUACAGGUAAUUACUUAGAAUGAUUAACAUACCUGUUAGCUUGGAGAAUUUCAUUAAUCCUUUUAGUGGAAGGAUGUUUACUAAGAGAUUAGAAUUAGUCAGUUAAUUAUUGGUUUAGAGGAAUGUUUUCAUAAGUAAUUUUUGUAUUAUUGAACUUCCAGUGGUGUACAGUGCAAGUGCAAUUACAAAAUCAUUUUGCAUAAUUUACAUUUUAAAUGGUGAU